AUGACAGAGAUAAUGGGGGAGAAAUUUCACUUUGCCUACAAGGUGAAAGCCAUUCUUCCCAAAGAAAAAUAUCCUCUCUUCUCUCCAGUGCCCCCUGGAGAGGUGAAGUUGGCAGAGGGGUUGUGCAAGUUCCCAGAGCAGAGGCUAAGCUAGUGGAAAGCCCAAGAGUCCUGCGAACAGCGGUUUGGCCACCUGGCACUGGGCCUCCCAGAUGAGGUCCUUGCCCUGACACUUUAUGACCAAAUCUGGAUGGGCCAGAGCGAGGCCCCUCUGCAGAAACCCCUACAGAGGCCUGAGUUCUUGAGUGGCGUGUCCCAGCAGGCCUGAUCACCACUGGUCUCGCUGGUGUUCGGUGAGAAGACAGCUGACAGGGCGGCUCGGCUGCGCACGUUCCUGCCCGCUCUGGAGGCGCUAACCGCGUGGUGGGACACGGCUGUGCUCUUCUCCCUGGCGGUGCCCGCGCUGGCCAACGCACUGCAACUGCUCACCUUUGCGAAGCCCGGGGGCCUGGUGCACGCCGCACUCGUGGUGCGCGGGCAGCACACGCCCUUCCUCCCCGCCCUCCGCGCGGAUGGCCACUGGCACCACGUGUACGCCUCCUGGGAGCAGCACGGCGGGCGAUGGGCGCUGUUAGCCGGCGGGCGGCUGCGCGUCGGGGCGCGUGGUCUGAGCGCAGGUCAGCCGGUACCACCCGGCGGCGUCCUCCUUGUGCUCGGCCAAGACCGGGACUCGCUCGGCGGCGGCUUUGUGCAAGACGCCUUCAGCGGCAACCUCACUGACUUUCUGUGGACGCGGGCGCUGGGCCUCUCACAGCUGCGCGGAGCCGGGACGUGCGCGCCACCCUCCGAGGACCUGCUCUUCCGCUAAGACCACCUAUAUGUCGCUCCCUCGCGGCUGCCCACCGUGCGAGUGCGCCUAUUCUGCCCUGGUCUCAAGUGCCUCCAAGGCCUGUCGGUAGGCACACCAAUCAGGGCCUCUGAUGCCAGGACGAGGCCCCGACGGGCCUCUUACACCUGCCAGUGCCCUCGAAGGGACCCAGGACCCACCACCGAGGGCCGGGAGCCCUGCGUGCAGCCUCGGCCUUUCCUCUGCUGCUACGGGACAGAAACCUAUAAGAGACUACAGGAUGCCCAGUCCUGGCCAGGCCAGGAUGUUAUCAGCCAAGUCAAUGCCUUGGCCAAUGCCACUGUGCUGUCCCCUGACCCCAUCUCUGAAGUCCAUGGGACCCUAUCGUUGGCUGAGGCUUCCCACUUCCUGUGUGUCCUGGAGACAGUACUGGCAAAGGUGGCAGCUCCACUGGAACCAGCUGUGCUACUGGCCAUCAUGUGCUUUCUGAUAAGGGUGACAGCCCUCAGCGCUGAGGAACCAGACCCCCUGGCUGACAGCCCCUGGGAGCAGUUGGGCCAGGAUGUCCUGUUUGUGGCCAGCCUGAUUCUGGAGAAGCAGUUGACCACCACAUGGCUGUCCAUCAGCAAGGUGAGGCUGUCAGAGAUUGAUGUGAACUCCGCAGCCUGGGACAGGUAUGAUCAGGCUGCCACAGGUUACAGUUGUUUGGUGCUGGUGGCAAGCAUGCACCGCCUGGCACUUCUUCUGAGCACCACACUAACCCCUGAGCGGUCCUGAAUUCACAUCCAGCACCACCAUUUGGGUCUCUCUGAAGUCACCAUGAUUCACAGCUGGCUUGCCUCAAGUAUCUUCCAGCACACCCUGGGGGAGGCCAGCCUGGGCCCCCAGACCUCUGACAGCACAGAGGAGGAUACAGACAGGAUAGAGAGAUUUAUACGCACACAGGUGGGCUCAGCCGUCAUCUCCUCUGACAUGUGGGAUGGCACUGGGGAGGUCGGCACAGCCAUCUCCAGCCUCAGGUACAGGGCCUUCCCUCAGAAGCUGGUGGAGCCCAUCUGUGCUUUCUGGAACUUCAGCAGCAAAGCCCCUCUGUUUUCAGCAAUGUGCCAGGACUCCACUGCAUGCUUCUGCAACCACAGCACCAAUUUUGCCUACUCUCUGGUCUCUUGCUCCAUGCAGAGAGGCCCUGAGGAGGAGUCACUGCUGAGGACUCUCGUUUGUGGGCUGUGGUGUCUCUGUGUCCUUGCCACCACCUUCAUGCUCUUCCUGGCAGCCAGUGUACAGACCAAUUCCUGCAUCCUCCGCAUGGUGAUGGUCUCUGUGUCCAGCACCCACCAGCGCGCCCAUGUGCUGAGCCCACAGCCCCACCUGCAGCAGCAGAUCGGGAUCCAGUAUGGUGAGGCCCAGACUGGGGCCAUAGUGAAGCCAGUGCUGGUCCUGCUGCCUGACCUGGGCCUGACCUGGCUGGUCAGCAUCCUGGUACACAUCAGCCCAGCCUGGGCCUCUGCUGCUGUGGGCCUCAACUCCUUCCAGGGUUUGUACAUCUUCCUGGUCUAUGCUGCUUGCAACCGAGAGGUCUGGAGCACCCUGCAAAGAACUACAGAGAAGAAGGCGGUCCAGGUGUUCACAGUGGGGACCAUCGUGGGGCCCCUGCAGGAGCAGCAGAAACAAGAGAGCUGCAGCGGGCGCCUCUGCUCAAGUGACAGCGCCUUUGUCUUCAUUGAAUGGGUGCGUUGCUAA